AUUGAGUUGAGAAGAAUAGACGAUAUGUAUAGGUAAGUGUCUUGUGAUUUAGUCCAUUUUUUUUUUGUAGUGUAGACAAAUACGUAAUGAGAGAUGGAGGACCCUUGAUAUGAAAAUUAUCAAUUCAAUACACAUUUGGGGCGUGAUUUAGGCGAAAGUUAAGUGGUAAACAUGAAGAGAGAGUGUGUACAAAAACAUGGACAUUGGCAGCACACCACGAUAGCUUCGAUCUAGUAAAAGAGAUAUGUAAUGAUUAUAUAAUGAAACACUAAAUCAAUGAUUAUACAUAAUGAAACACUAAAUCAAUGAUUAUAUAACUAUGUAUGACAAGUAGAAACCUAUUAUAUGAACUAAAACGUUUACAUGUCUUUGACUAUUUGGGCCAAAAUGACCCAUAUUUUUCACAUUUACAUAUAUGACCCACAAUUUAGAAUACAUAAAUGAAAAUGGCUAUAACUUCAAAGUCCCAUUGAAGUUUCAUCCUACUUUAAUAGCUCUUCUAGUAGAAAAGUGAAGCAUUUCUACUAAAAAAAAGGAAAAAAAAGCACAAUGCAAAGUUCUCCUUAUUGUACAAAAUGAAAACGAAAUUAACGAUGGGAUUACUAACCUUUCUCAGUAAAAGAGCAAAAGUAAAGGAGUCCAAAGAGAAUUCCCAAAAAUAAUUAGUAUCAUUCUGUUAAAUAUGAAAGAAAAGAGGGCCAAGCAGGAUAAUAACUGAACUGACCCAGUCCACUCUAUGCCUCACGCGCCAACACUUGCCCCCCAACGUCACGACAAAAUUGGCCGACCCCACACCUUUCGGCAACUGCAAGAAACGGCGUCGUUUCAGCGCGUCCCUGUCCUCACUCCGGACCAUGACAAAUGGCAUCUACGAUGUCGAUAUUUCCACCGCGGAUCUCCACAUUUAACCCUAGUCAAACUCCUAACCGAACCACGGUUACCCAAUAUCCCGUUGCGAUCACGACACGUGUUCCUAUCUGACGGUCGUAUCUCACUCUCUUUCACCUUUCACCGCCUCCCAUCCUAUAUAUAAACCACAACCCCCACCAGCGAAAGAUAAAAAAAAAACCCUAACCUCCGCCAAUUUCACUCCAGCAAAAAAAAAAAAAAAAUCCCUAAUUCCCCGAUUUUCUGAUCCAAUGGCGAACCCCAAGGUUUUCUUCGACAUGACCGUCGGUGGCCAGCCGGCCGGCAGGAUCGUGAUGGAGCUGUACGCCGACGUCGUCCCCAAGACCGCUGAGAACUUCCGCGCUCUCUGCACCGGCGAGAAGGGAGCCGGGAAGAUGGGGAAGCCGCUCCACUACAAGGGAUCCAGCUUCCACCGCGUGAUCCCGGGGUUCAUGUGCCAGGGAGGCGACUUCACCGCCGGGAACGGCACCGGAGGCGAGUCGAUCUACGGGGCUAAGUUCGCCGACGAGAACUUCGCCAGGAAGCACACCGGCCCCGGGAUCCUCUCCAUGGCCAAUGCCGGGCCCGGGACCAACGGAUCUCAGUUCUUCAUCUGCACCGCCAAGACCGAGUGGCUGGACGGCAAGCACGUCGUCUUCGGGCAGGUCGUCGAGGGCAUGGAUGUCGUCAAGGCGAUCGAGAAGGUCGGAUCUGGAUCUGGGAAGACCUCCAAGCCCGUCUGCAUCGCCGACUGUGGCCAGCUCUAAGUGUUCGAUUGGGGGGGGUGAUUUCCGUUCCGUUGAUGUUACUUUUCAACCGGUGAUGAGAUUCCGGUGGUGUCGAUGUUUUUUCUCUUCUAUGUCCGGUGUCCUGUUUUCGUUUCUGUUAGUCAAUUAGGGUUUCGGGUGUCUCUCUAGGGAUUUGGGUGCGGGAGUUGCUUCUGUCGUACAACUAUCAGAGUCGGGAAUUGGAUUUGGUCUGUUUAACUUUUUUUUUUAUGUGAUUCAGAAUCUGAUCUACCAAUUUCCAUAAAUAAGAUUAGGGUUUGCUC